CUCUUGAACACGGCUGUGGCACAAAAACGACACUUGAAAUGUCUCCAAACAUGACCUAUGACACUCUCCCGUCUUUUUCUCCAAGGCUGACUGUGGCCAAAAGGAAAGAGGCUCUGGAGUUGAGAAAGACUAUGAAACCACUGAUGGAAAAACGAAGGCGCGCCCGCAUCAACGAAAGCCUGAACCACUUGAAAAACCUCAUCAUUCCCCUAGCAGGCAGAGAUAAAACUCGCUACUCCAAGCUUGAGAAAGCUGACAUCCUGGAAAUGACCGUGAAGUUCCUCAGUGAAAUCCCUCCUGUUAACGCCAAAAGCCCAUCGGGGGGUUACAAAGAAGGUUACAAAGCCUGCCUCCAGCGCGUCUCCGCUCUGCUCCCCAAAACCUACCUGGAUCAAGAGGCGUGCCAGCGAGUCGAGGACUUCGUCCAGAGGUCAUUGUCUGCAAACAGCGGACCGACGUGUCUGAACUGCUGCGUCCAGAACGUCAGAACCUUCCCUCAACUCCACCAAAAACUCCUGAAGCUGAAAUCCAGCUUCAGCUCCAGACUGGAGAGCCAGUCCCACAGCGGCGCAGCAGCGGCUCCCAGCCGACCGCAGCCAGUCAGCGUUGCUGUGUGGAGACCCUGGUAGCUCUCUGCAGUCAAAGUCUUCUCAUCUUUAAAGGCUGUAUUAUAUUUCGUAGGGAUACGUUACAUUUAAAUAGCUUUAUUUGUGAAUGUGUUUUGUUCUUUAGAACAUAUUGUUAAGGUGAUUUGAAUAAGUAUUAUAUACUUAGGUUUUGCGCGCAGGUCUGUUGUCUUAUGUAAGUUGACAAUGUUAGACAGUCGUAUUCUUCUUAAAUCCGCAUGUAUGUAUACGUUCAAUAUUUAGUCCUGUUUUUGGACUGAAUGAUAAAGGGCUAUUGAAACAGCCCUGUAAGACCCAAGGGGUCAUUAUGUGUACAGAUUUGCACAAAAGACUUCAGAGUACUGAGUCAGUGCAGAUGGACUUUGUAGACAUUAAAUGUCUCUGUAAGAGUAUCUCUUUUGGGACGAGCUGUG